AUGACUUCCACAGAGAAAACGGAAAAGCCAGACGAGCUUUUUAUUGACUUACAUGUUAAAUACAUUCAAACUCUUGAUACGAAAAAAGACGAUUUAGAAUAUUGGCUCACUGAGCACCUUCGUCUGAGUGGUGUAUACUGGGGUUUAACAGCCUUAGAUUUGAUGAAUAAUGUUGACGCACUUAAUAAAGAGGAUGUGGUGAAGUAUGUGGUUUCUUGUCAGCAUGAUAAUGGUGGGUUUGGUGGACACGUAGGGCAUGAUCCACAUUUAUUAUAUACACUUUAUGCGGUUCAAAUUUUAGUAAUUGAAGAUUCUUUGGAUGCUGUUAAUGUUGAAAAGAUUGUAGAAUACGUCGCAUCUCGUCAAGAUCGUCAGACUGGAGCUUUUACUGGCGAUGAAUGGGGAGAGAUAGACACACGAUUUUCAUAUACUGCUAUUUCAUGUCUUUCAUUAUUAAAACGAUUAGAUGCUAUAGAUGUCAAGAAAGCCAUUGAAUAUAUCAUGCUUUGUAAAAAUUUUGAUGGUGGUUUUGGAAAUACACCAGGAGCGGAAUCUCACGCUGGUCAAAUCUUUUGUUGCGUUGGUGCACUUGCUAUUGUUAAUUCCUUGCAUUUGGUUGAUGCCGACUUGCUCGGAUGGUGGCUUUGUGAACGGCAAUUGAAAAAUGGAGGACUUAAUGGACGACCAGAAAAACUUGAAGAUGUAUGUUAUUCAUGGUGGGUGUUAUCUGCGCUUAGUAUCUUGGGCAGAUUGCACUGGAUAAACAAGGAAAAGUUGAUCGAGUUUAUUUUAGCAGCUCAGGACUCCGAGUCUGGUGGAAUUGCGGACCGACCUGGCGAUAUGGUAGAUGUAUUUCAUACUUUGUUUGGAAUUACAGGGUUAUCAUUAUUAGGAUAUCCUGGGCUAAAACCAGUUGAUCCCGUCUAUUGUUUACCAAAAUAUGUAGUUCAAAGAAUUGGACUUGUUGUGUAA